UUUAAAAGCGUAUGGUCUCCACACGUUCAUCACCCCCUCCCUCCAUUUCGAUACUUCACCACAUAUCUGAGUUUACUAUUUGCAUACUAUGGCAUCCAUUCUACCCAUUUCUUCACCUUCUUCUUCCCUAUCAACAAGACCCCAUCUUCUCUCUCGUAAUUUCAACGACAAUGGACGACGUCGUACUGUUGUCGUAAGAGCUGAAGGUGGCAGCAGCGGCGAACAUAUAAACCCUGCAAUCAGAAAGAGUGAAGACAAAGUGGUGGACUCUGUGCUCGUUCCUGAACUUUCCAAGCCUCUCACUCCUUAUUGCAGAUGUUGGAGGUCAGGGACAUUUCCUCUUUGUGAUGGAAGCCAUGUUAAGCACAACAAAGCAACUGGAGAUAACGUUGGUCCUUUGCUCUUAAAGAAGUAGUAGACAUUACACACAUUCUCAUGCUUUUCUUUUAUUUCUUUUUCAUUCUCCAACCUCUUUAUCUCUUCCUGCCUAGCUUCUGUUGAGAACACAUUUGAGUUUGUUUCUUAAAAUAGUUAAAAACACUUUUUUCUAGUGGAAAAAGACUACCGUUGAUUUUUCAGUCGUUGUUCAUGAAUCGUAUUUAAUUGUGAUACUAAA